ACAUAUAUAUAUAAACAUGAAGGGUGUAAAAUAAAACAUCAUCAUUAAAAUCUUCACUCCAAAAUUGAAAUCAAAUCAGCAAGAUGCCGCCACCACCCCCUCCCCCACCGCCGCCCCCCACAUUGGCGGUGGCGAACACAGAUAAACCAAAGUUGUCAAGAUCAGAAGCCGGAGGUAGAAGUGCUAUGCUCAAUGAUAUUGCUAAUUUUAAAGGAAAGAAACUGAAGAAAGCAGUAACAAAUGAUAGAAGUGCACCUGUUGUUGCAAAAACAUCAGGUGGAGGAGGAGGAGGAGGCGGCGGUGGUGGAGGAGGAGGAGGAGGCCUCGGUGGAUUAUUUGCCGGUGGAAUGCCGGCUUUGAAACCGGCAGGUGGGUCCAGGCCGUCAGGAGGAAAUCGUGGAAAUGCUAUGAAACCCCCUGGAAUGGCAUCAAGAAACGGACCUUCUUUUAAUCAAAGAAAUAAUGACCCUCCACCCCCACCAAGUGAUAGAAAGCCGAGCAUUGGGACAGGACCUAAGCCAUUCAACUCGAGUCCGACUCCAUCAUGGAAAUCACCAAGCAGUAAUACUUCACGUCCUACGUCUGGUGGAGCACCAAGAUGGAAACCCCCCGGCCAAACUAAUCCUCCUCGUGGGCCUCCCCCACCCCCCGCAAGCAAUUUGAAAAACAAUUUUUCACCUCCUAUUAAUAAUCGUGGACCUCCACCAAGGGCUGGAGUUCCACCAAGGGGGCCACCUCCAAGCCCUGGAAUGGGGGGUAGAUCUGGCCCCCCACCUCCCCCUCCUUCUAGGGACUCAGUAAGACGGACUUCUGCUUUGCAUCAAAGUAGCGGAGGGGAUCUCCCACCCCCACCCCCUAUUUCAGCAAUGCCUUCAAGGGGAAAUGGCCGCGGGGCACCUCCCCCUCCUCCUUCCAGAGGACCGCCGCCGAUGUUGAAUCACAAUUCACAACCUCCCGGAAGGGGUUCUUAUAAAGCAAGUAAUGGUCCGCCGCCACCACCUCCCCCUCAUGGUGGUCGAUCGUCAAUGAUAGAACGUUCUUUACCACCUCCUCCAAAAACUAACGGAUUUCAACCACCUCCCCCAUCGAGAAAUGAUUUUCCACCACCUCCGCAGAGAAAUGAUGCACCUUCGUUACCAUCACGAAACGAUUCCUCUGUCAGAGGUCGAGCCCCACCGCCUCCCCCAUCAAGGAAUGGACCCAGAGGGGGCCCUCCUCCACCCCCGAGUAUGUCACGUCCAGCACCGCCUUCAAUGGGAAGUAAAGCCCCGCCUCCCCCACCCCCUUCCAGAGGUCCCCCACCUUCGGCCAGUAGGAAUUCUGGAUAUAAUUCAUAUCCACCACCAGAUGACUUCGAAAACAGGUUCAAAUUUCGAGCAGAGCUUCCACCUCCAGAGCCUUUUCAACCGUCUCCUAAAACUUAUCCCAGUCAGGCACCAAGAAAAAGCAACCAGAGACGAGUACCAUCGAAUGCCCCGCCUCCGCCUCCACCCAUACCUAGCUAUGGAUACUAAACUGUUUGGAGGAAAAACAAGAGCUCAGAAUGCUAACAUAAUAAUGUAGCAUAUUGGGGUCAGUUAUAAUGUAAUUGGCCCCAAUUAGAAGCGUGACGCAGGCCGAUAACAAAAGCCAGCAUCACUCAAAAACUUGAUCUUAGAUAUCUUUUCAAAUAUGGGAUUAGGAAUCUUACAGAGAUUAUGUUUCGACGCUUAUCUAUCAAAAAAAUAUGUUGAUUUUAGUUUAGUAUAAUAAAUUGGUCAGCCUUUGAAUCACGCAUCUCAAAUCAAAUUUUUGUUACGCUACAUUACAGUUACUCGCAACUUCAUUGUUACUUAUCUUAUGUUCGCAACGUUUUGCUGACCUUUCUUUAUUACAUCAUAAUCAUAAUGCAGUGUCCAAUGAAUUACUUCCUGUCACAUGAUCCUAUGGAAUUGGUGCAUUUUAAAUUUAAAAUUGCUGACCUACGGUAAUAGGACAGGUAACAGAAUUAGUAAAUUUGAUGAACAACAGAUUCAUAUCAGAUAUCAAAUAGAUAAUUUGUUCUGAAAAAGAUCAUUGUAUACUGUUUAAUUAAUUGUGCCAAAGAUAAUAUCAUGAGUUUUUUGGAUUUUUCCAGUAAUAAUCCAUUUUCACGACCUGAUAUUUUGGAGUUUAAUGGUUUUAGUGCAGUGGUUCUCAAACUAUGAUGAUCCCCCCUUUCAAAGACACUCAACACAACAUAGGCCCCCUGCUUUUCAAUACAAAAAAAUCCUAGUUUUAUUCUAAAUGGGUCUCCAUCAGUUAUUUCCUUCUCUACAUUCUAUAACAAAGCCAACACACGAAAGUAAAAGAAUAAAUGUGUAACAGUCAAAAAAUCAGUCGAUUUACUUCUGAAUGUUGUAGUCAUCGUGAUUUGUACCGAGUGAUGAUCUUUGCCUGUGCCGAGAGCCCAGUUUAAAAAGGCCUGACCUAGUGCAUCUAUCAUUAAAUAGGAUUCAUUCAUAUAACUUGUCUCAAACCAUUAAUUUAUUUUUGCUUUUGAAACCCGUACCUUGCGACUCCAGUUUCUAAAAUGUUAUUUUCAAAUUUGUUUAUCUCAUCUAAGACUAUGAUCACUGACUAGCUCAUUUAUACAUAUUAUAGGUUUUGAUCUUUAAUACAUUCUGAAAAAAACAUCAAAAACACAUCAUGGUUAUAUAUUAUGGUUUAAUAAUGGCGAACCCGUGAGUUUUUUUUUUCCAUCAAAUUCACAAUACCAACUCCAGGCUUAGUCUUGCAGGAAAAAUGCUAUCUCUAGUUCUUUAUUACUGUAGAUAUUGAUCAAAUCUAUGAGGCACCUUCAUCUUGUUUCAUGGUAAAAUUAUGACGUUUUCCACCCAUUCAGUAGAAAAGGUUGAAUAUAAACUGUUUUAAUUAUUAUUUCUGCAUUUGCCUGAUAUAUUAUUGUCCCUUUGAUUUGGGAAAUUUACUUUUAUGACAAUCACAUGUGCCUACUUUAUUCUGUUGGAGCUCGGUGUUUUUUUUGUUUUGUAAUAUUACUUUCUCAAGUUUCGAGUUUUUAGAGAAUAUUUUCUUUAUUAUUGUUAUUGUUUUUUAUUCAUCUUUGUGCAAAUGGUAAUAUCAUAUGCUGAAAAGCAUUUAGAUCCCUAUCUUCCAAAAACUAAAUGAAGUAAAAAUACUUGAACAAUUGCUGAAAAAAAAAAGCCUGGUUUAGAUAUAUUGAGAACUGACAUCAUAACAAAAUUGAAAUGGUUAAGGACUUUAAGAGACACCCUGUAUAUUCGUUACUUCAUAUUCACAACAUUUAUGAUUAGUAAACUUAUUGGUUUUGGACAAUUGGGACAUCUUUUCUGGUAUACCUGAUGGUAUUGAUAUACUGAUAAUAUCACAGGCAACUUUUUUAAUUCUGACUAUAUAUUUACUCAUCUCUGAUUGGUGAAUUAUUACAUGCAAAUCACAAUAUGUCACAUUCCAUGAGUCAUUAUUCUGAUUCACUUAGUAUGGCGGAUGUCAGUUCAAACUGUGCUAAUGGGCAUGUAUGAGUUUAUUCUGUUCAUAUAAUUAAGUCUUGAAAUAUUGUAAAAAGAAUCUAGAAACAGGGAUGGACGAAACCAAACAUUUAGUAUUCUGAAAUCUGAAUACAUUUUAAAGUGAUCUUUUCGAAUAUGAAAACCGUAUAUUUUAAAAUGAGUUUAUCGAUAGAAAAAGAAAGUUCUUCAAAUUCGUAAUUAAAUUUGGUUAUGCAGAAUAAUUGAGAUAUACAUUGUUUCAAUUAAUAAUCUCUGUUUUAUUCUGUCAGAAGUUAACUUAUUUUUCUCUAUCAUGGAAAUAAUAAAUUCUUGAAAAUCCUUGAAAAAUUAAGAAAUAACUGAAUCAAAUAUUUCGAAUGUAUUCAAAUAUUCGAUACGAUUUGGGCAUAUCUAUCCAGCACGCUGAUCUAAGUCUCUUAUCUGGAUAAAAUUAUUCCGGUUGAAUUUUCAUGGGUUCAAUUUUAUUUGAAUAGACUUUGUGAUUGUUCAUCCACUUGUGGAGCUGAAUCAUGAUUUCCCAAAAGCGGGCCACAAUGCUAGGCACAGAACUGAUUUCACAUUUCUCUUUCCAAAAAAACUCCCCAUUCCUCCUAGUUUUAUUGUGUGAUAAGGUUAUUUCACAGGGUGUUUCCACUUUGCUAAGCAUGAAUUGUUUAAACAUGAUGGGAUUUUGAAUAAUGGAAUUACUAAUCACAAUAACACUAUAAAUGAUAAGAAUGGAAUGAUAAGAAGGUAUAUCAUGCACAAUGGGUUUUUAUAGUUGUACUUGACUUUGUUGGAAACGCAGUUUACACAUCCUGGGUUGCCAAUCCCUCACCUUGAGUGUAAUAAAUUUGAUAGGCAAUGCUGAACCGGUAAGGUUCAGGUCCUUCCGAAAAUAAAAGGUUUAUAUAUGUUAAUGGCUGCUUCAGAGCAUAAGGCAUGAUG